AUGCAUCCUGACAUUAAACUUGUAUCUAAAACAGAAAAUGUACAUAAUUGUUGUUUUUUAUUACCUGGCCAUCGUCAUGUCUAUCCAAUAGAGUUAACAGAGAAUUCUCAUAUUCAUCAUUUGAAUAAUUAUGAUAAACAACGACAAAAAGUUGAAGCUUAUGUUUUUAGUAAAUUAGAAGAAUAUUCAAAAAAAAAAUCAAUCAAUCUUUUACGUUUAACAUCUCUUUCGCAUAUUCGUCGACGUUUAAAGCGUGAUAUUAAAUCUAUUUCUGGACAAUUUGAUCGAAAUACUGUAUGCGAAACAAAGCUUCAUCAAUGGAUUGAUGAAGUUCUUGAACAAAUUGAAUCGCAUCUAUCACAAUUAAAAACAUUAUUGCAAUCACAAGAUGAUCUUGAACAUUUUCUGACAUCAAAUCAUUUUUUUUCAUCAAGAAAAAUUAAUAGUCAAUGGAAACAAUUACAAUUACAACAAGCAAAAAAAGUUAUAUCACAUAAUGCAGAUAAUAAUCAGGACGAACUUUUAUCUAAAUAUCAGAAAUAUAUUAUAGAAAAACUAACACCGAAAGAACUUGAAAAUAAUAAAAUUACAUUAAAAAAUCAACAAAAAAUUGAUUUAGAUGAAAAAUUUCAUGAAGUAGAACAUUUUGGACGAGAAUAUUUAACAAAAAUGCUCGAUAAUUAUAAACGACGUCAACAACCCAAAUUAGAAUUGAUUCAAGAAAUGAUUGAACUUGGAAUGGAACAAAUGAUUAAAAGACCAAAGAAAGAUGAAUUUAGUCAAGCAUCAAUAUCAUCAAAUAUUCUUCAUAAAGCAACAUUUAUUCUCAAAAGUAAACGAUCAUAUUCAAUGUCUCUUCACAAUUUAGCCGAUGACUUUAUGGUUAGUAUGUAUUUUUUUUUUUUUGAAUAA